AUGUUCCCCAUUAUUGUUGAAGCUGAAAGUAUACUGAUAAGAGAAGGAGACUCAGGAGCAGAGAUGUACAUCAUUGAAUAUGGCGAAUUUGAAGUGUCAGUCAAUGGACAACUUACCAAUAAGCUUCUGCCAGGAGCUGUUUUUGGAGAGCUUGCGCUGCUCCACGAAAUACCGCGAACAGCUACGGUUAAGGCAAUUUCCAAAUCCAAGGUUUGGUCGGCAGAGCAAACAUCUUUUUCCUGCAUAAGAAUCAGAGAUCAGAUUUAUCGAAAAGCUGUUGCAAAAGAGGUCAUUCAGAACUUUUUAACAUCAGUUAAGACAUUCUUAAGCACUGAGAGCAUUGACAAACUUGUCAGCUUGUCUCAAAACAGGUACAUCAAGGCAGGCACUUUUGUUAAGCUGGAUGACAGAGAGAUGAUCAUUCUUCUAAAAGAAGCCUUGAUUGAGGAUGAAACCAGGCGUAAAGUCUUUCCAAAAGACAUAUUAAACAAGGACUUCCAUUCUAUAUCUGAUGUUGAAUUGCAUAUCCAUCAAUUUAGGGGAUACCUUGAAGUAGGUUUAGGCUGUUCUUUUACUUAUCUGAACUUUGAUACAGUUGUUUUCAGUCUCAGAAUGAGUUUAUAA